ACACAAUCACAACGCUGAAUUCGUUAUGCGCACGCGUGACCGCAGAGUACAGCGUUAAUUUGUUGUUAUGAGUGUGUAAUGUGGUUAGACAUCACUGUGUGUGUGUGUGUGUGUGGCCUGAAGCUCAGCAGAUGCCUGAAGCCUCUCCUGUCAGGAUGGAGAGAUCGGACGGAGAGGGAAACAGGAGAGAGCAGCUCCAUCGGGAUACGUCACGACGGAUCAAACAGCUACCGUUUGAUGCAACUCGGAUGCUUGGAAUCUGUGGCCAACUCGUCUGUCGCUUACUCUUCAUCGUCUCCGCUUACAUAUCCAGCUACCGGAACCGAAUUUGCCUCCCCGUAUUUUCCCACGAACCAGUACACGCCUUUACACCACCAGUCCUUCCACUACGAGUUCCAGCACAGCCACCCGGCCGUGAACCCGGACGCGUACUCGUUAAACUCUCUCCAUCACUCGCAGCAGUAUUACCAGCAGCUCCAUCACGGCGAGCCGGCGGACUUCAUCAACCUUCACAACGCCCGGGCGCUCAAGUCCUCUUGCCUGGACGAGCAGCGGCGGGAACUGGGCUGCCUGGACGCGUACCGUAGGCAUGACCUGUCAAUCAUGAGCCACGGCUCUCAGUAUGGCAUGCACCCCGAGCAAAGACUGCUGCCCGGGGCGGGUCUGGGGCUGCCGCCAACGGGGCCCGAUGACCUACAGGGAUCUGUAGACGCGCAAUGCGGACUCGUGUUAAAUGGACAAGGUGGAGUGAUUCGGAGAGGCACGUGUGUAGUGAACCCUACAGACCUGUUCUGCUCUGUACCAGGAAGACUUUCUCUACUCAGCUCUACCUCAAAGUACAAAGUCACCAUCGCUGAAGUCAAACGCCGCCUCUCUCCUCCAGAGUGUCUCAAUGCUUCACUACUCGGUGGGAUAUUAAGAAGGGCCAAGUCAAAGAACGGCGGUCGGUGCCUCAGGGAGAAACUGGACAGGUUGGGACUCAAUCUCCCAGCAGGCCGCAGGAAAGCAGCGAACGUCACGCUGUUGACCUCUUUAGUGGAAGGGGAAGCGCUACAUCUGGCUCGGGACUUUGGCUACACCUGUGAGACAGAGUUUCCCACCAAAGCGGUCGGGGAGCAUCUCGCCCGCCAGCACACGGAACCAAAGGAACAGAACGCGCGCAAGAAAAUGGUGCUGGCCACCAAGCAGAUCUGUAAGGAAUUUCAGGAUUUGUUAAGUCAGGAUCGAUCUCCGCUCGGUUCCUCUAGACCAACACCUAUUCUGGACUUGGACAUUCAGAGACAUCUAACACACUUCAGUCUGAUCACGCAUGGAUUCGGUACGCCGGCAAUUUGCGCGGCACUUAGCACCUUUCAAACCAUUCUCAGUGAAAUGCUUAAUUACCUGGAGAAACACUCUGCCAAUAAGAGCAUGGGAACUCCAGACACCAACCAGAUCAACUCCAACUCGGACAAAACACUGCGCAAAACCACCGAGGCACUGAUGAAAGACGGCAAAAUCGAGAAAACAGAAUGACUCUGACGCAGGAGUGGCUGCUUUCCCACUUCCUGAUCUGAGCCCUGAUGGGCGGGCCUCGUUCAGGGCGUGGCUACUAGGGGCGGGGUUACGGGGUUUUUAUUCCAUAUGCGUUUAUUUAUAUAACUGGCAUAACUUCCUAUGACCUCAGCUUUCCCUGUAUGAGAGUCUGUCUGUAUGUACAAACCAGUCACGUCAUUCUCACUGCCCGGCGAACACAAACCAUUUUAUAAGUUAUUGAAGAAGUUAUUUUGCUUAAAGUUUGUCUGUAUGUAAUUAGUUUAAAUAAUGAUUUAAAAAAAUGCAAUCUUUUAUCUAUCUUUUAUUAAAAGACUCACAUUCCAUUUCUGGCAAGACCUAAUUUGAGGUCAGUUUGAGACUGUAAAUCACGACAGGUAACUUUCCCUGUUAGUUACUGUAUAUUGUGCAUGUUAAACUUUGUACACCAUCUGAAACUGACAUUCCCCACUGUUGUUCCAGAACACAAACUCUUGACUGCAUUUGUAAAAAAGUCAUAUAUAAAUAUAUAAAUUCAAUCUUUUCUUGUAGGCUUUGAACUACAUUUAUGAA